AUGUACCGAUUUGCGCGACGAGCGUACAAUGCUGCAGACGGUGCUGUCGAAGGCAUGCUUGCAGCAGCUGUGGUGUACACUGCCGUUGCUAUGAUACUCAACUGCUGUCUCAAGAACGGAGGCCCGAAGAUACUCCGCUGGCUGCUGGUGCUGGGUGAUAUACUGUUUAUGGGCGCCUUUAUUGCUGUCGCGGCACUUACACGUCCCAAUCAUGGCCCAGCUGGACCGCAUGGAAGCGAAUGUCAGAACGACACGUUUGCGGCUGGCAUUGUCUCAGCAGAAUUCAGGCGCCGGCAUAACUGCAACUUGCCUUGGGGUACUUUCAUCCUGGCCAUUAUCAGCACUAUCCUUCACUUUUUGACAGCACUUUUCCAUCAGGUGCGCGACCAUAGAAAGGCUGAUCGUAGAGAGGCUGAUCGCCUCGACAGCAAUGCUGUCGCUGGGGAUGCCGAGGGUUAUGGAAAGAAGGAGCGAAAAUCGCAUCAUUCAUCGAGCACAGUGUAG